AUGGAAGGAGAAAAAGCAAAAGCAAAUAGUAUCUCUAAUUUUUCUAUGACCUAUGAUAGAGAAUCUGGUGGUAACAGCAAUAGUGGUGAUGAUAAAAGUGGAAGUAGUAGCGAGAAUGAUUCAAAUUCAUUUAUGAAUUUAACUAGUGAUAAGAAUGAGAAAACCGAAAAUAAUAGUUUCCUUUUAAAUAAUAGUAGUUAUGCAAAUAUGAAAGAUAGCUUAUUAGAAUCCAUUGAUAUGAGUGUAUUAGAUUCCAACUUUGAUAGUAAAAAAGAUUUCUUACCAAGCAAUUUAUCGAGAACUUUUAAUAAUAUGUCUAAAGAUAAUAUAGGAAAUAAAUAUUUAAAUAAAUUGUUAAAUAAAAAAAAAGAUACUAUUGUAAAUGAAAAUAAUAAUAAUAAUAUAAAUAAUAAUAAUUUGACGACAAAUAAUAUAACUAAUAAUCUUAUUAAUAAUAAUAUGAAUUCCCCAUCAAUUUUGAAUACUAACAAAAAAGAAAAUUUUUUAGAUGCAGCAAAUCUUAUAAAUGAUGAUUCUGGAUUAAGCAAUUUAAAAAAGUUUUCAACUGCAAAUAAUAUAAAUGAUAGUUAUGAAAAGAAAAUUAUUGAAACUGAAUUAAGUGAUGCUAGUGAUUUUGAAAAUAUGGUAGGUGAUUUAAGAAUAACAUUUAUUAAUUGGUUAAAAAAAACACAAAUGAAUUUUAUUCGAGAAAAAGAUAAAUUAUAUAAAGAUAAAAAAGAACUAGAAAUGGAAAGAGUACGAUUGUAUAAAGAAUUAGAAAAUCGUAAAAAUAUUGAAGAACAGAAAUUACAUGAUGAAAGAAAAAAAUUAGAUAUUGACAUAUCUAAUGGUUAUAAACAAAUAAAAAAAGAAAAAGAAGAACAUAGGAAACGAUUUGAUGAAGAAAGAUUAAGAUUUUUACAAGAAAUCGAUAAAAUUAAAUUAGUAUUAUAUUUGGAAAAAGAAAAAUAUUAUCAAGAAUAUAAAAAUUUUGAGAAUGAUAAAAAAAAAAUUGUUGAUGCAAAUAUUGCAACCGAAACUAUGAUUGAUAUAAAUGUUGGUGGAGCUAUUUUUGAAACAUCUAGACAUACCUUAACACAGCAGAAAGAUUCUUUUAUAGAAAAAUUAUUAAGUGGAAGACAUCAUGUAACUAGAGAUAAACAAGGAAGAAUAUUCUUAGAUAGAGAUAGUGAAUUAUUUAGAAUUAUACUUAAUUUCUUAAGAAAUCCAUUAACUAUACCUAUACCAAAAGAUUUAAGUGAAAGUGAAGCUUUAUUAAAAGAAGCAGAAUUUUAUGGUAUUAAAUUUUUACCAUUCCCAUUAGUAUUUUGUAUAGGUGGAUUUGAUGGUGUAGAAUAUUUAAAUUCGAUGGAAUUAUUAGAUAUUAGUCAACAGUGUUGGCGUAUGUGUACACCUAUGUCAACUAAAAAAGCAUAUUUUGGUAGUGCUGUAUUAAAUAAUUUCUUAUAUGUUUUUGGUGGUAAUAACUAUGAUUAUAAAGCUUUGUUUGAAACUGAGGUAUAUGAUCGUUUAAGAGAUGUAUGGUUUGUUUCAAGUAAUUUAAAUAUACCUAGAAGAAAUAAUUGUGGUGUUACGUCAAAUGGUAGAAUUUAUUGUAUUGGUGGAUAUGAUGGAUCUUCUAUUAUACCUAAUGUAGAAGCAUAUGAUCAUCGUAUGAAAGCAUGGGUAGAAGUUUCACCCUUAAAUACCCCAAGAUCAUCAGCCAUGUGUGUUGCAUUUGAUAAUAAAAUUUAUGUUAUUGGUGGAACUAAUGGUGAAAGAUUAAAUUCUAUUGAAGUAUAUGAUGAAAAAAUGAAUAAAUGGGAACAAUUUCCAUAUGCCUUAUUAGAAGCCAGAAGUUCAGGAGCAGCCUUUAAUUAUCUUAAUCAAAUAUAUGUUGUAGGUGGUAUUGAUAAUGAACAUAACAUAUUAGAUUCCGUUGAACAAUAUCAACCAUUUAAUAAAAGAUGGCAAUUUCUAAAUGGAGUACCUGAGAAAAAAAUGAAUUUUGGAGCUGCUACAUUAUCAGAUUCUUAUAUAAUUACAGGAGGAGAAAAUGGGGAAGUUCUAAAUUCUUGUCAUUUCUUUUCACCAGAUACAAAUGAAUGGCAACUUGGACCAUCAUUAUUAGUUCCCAGAUUUGGUCACUCCGUUUUAAUAGCAAAUAUAUAA